AUGUCUCCGUCUAUCUCGCUCGGCGCCGUGCGGAAGCUCACGCCCAUGCUCACGCCCACACUCCUCGCCACGCCUCUUUUUGGCCAGGCUGCCAGCCUACCAGGUAGCCUCAGCAUGCCAGUGCCUCCAUCGCAGACCUGGCGGGGAUCUUGGCCCCCUUCCGAGGUGCGGCUCCGGCCUGUCCUCAGCACCGACGGCUCAGCAGCCGUGGACAAAGACAGUCCUCUCUCCUACUUUCUCUCCCCCCCCAUGAUGGUCGAGGAGGAUGACGAGACGACCUACUUCACGGACGACUACGACGGCGACGAGAGCGACGACUUUACCGAGUUUGAGCUGGAUGCGGGCAUUGAGGAUGUCACCCACCCGCUGCCCAUUGUCCGCUCUGUCAGUCCGUCGUCGCUGGCUGAUCUCAACCUGCCACGGCCGCGGCCGCCUACGCCUCCGCGCUCUUACUUUGCCGGUGCUGCUGCGGCGGACGAUGACGACGACGCCGAGCCGGUCUUCAACUUCCAGCUCGAUGCACGUGACGAGAUGACAGCGCCGGCUCCGGCCAUCCUUGACGCAGAUGCUGACGACAGCGACAGCUGGACCCCGUCUACGCGCCUUCUGUUCCCUGUCCUGCGGCCGGCCACUGCCAAAGCUUCGCGCCACCUGCCAGCCCUGGUGGGAUCUCCUCCCACAUCGGCCCGGGGUCGGUCGGCGAGCCGUCACGACCUUCCAGCCAGCAGCGUCGCCGACUGGAAAGGCAUUCCCAUCGCAGGGCGCCGACCUCCCUUGCCUCCUCGGUCAGCCCGUUCGCCUCGGUCUCCUCGGUCCUGGCGCGUGCCCAGCCCGGACGUCUUCUCGAUCGAGGAGGAGACGGAACAGCAGCUUGUCGACAGUGGACUGCUCGACUUUGCCCAUCGGCCCGUCGGUUCCGUUGGAUCGACGGCUUUGAAGCCAAAGAAACAUGUCCGCUUUGUGCUGCCCGACGAAGAGGUGGUCUGA